UUAUCACCGACUUCAACGACUAAACGUGUCACGUUAACUACCGCCUCUCGUGCUUUUCUUGUUUGGCGAAUGCUUCCGUUCAAGCAAAACCAACAGCAUUUUAAAUAGCUGCGUUAAUGCAUUGUCGACGAACUGAACAAAUAUAUAUUUUUAAAGAUGCCCCAAAAUGGUUAAAGUCAAGGCGUUCUUCCGGUUCGCUUCCGGUUUCUACGUCUCGCGUUUGGCACGAGCACGUUUACAGCUGCGCUUAUUUCUGCUCAAACUCACACACUUGUAUAACUUCUCGAGUCUCAGCAAAUAUCCGCAAGCUCCACUGAUCACUUAGUCAGUCAGGUAGUACAAGUCUUCUUUUAAUCCCAGUCGCUGCUAAUACAGUACUAUUCCUGCACGCGUGGAGUGUAACUAUGUGGUGAUGGAGAGAGACUUGCUCAGACAGUCCGUGUCGUAUCAUGGGGAGAACCUGCUGGCGCUGUUAAAAUGCGAGCAAAGUGAGAACCCAGACUUUAAACGUGUGGCUGCUGAUCUCUCCAAAACUCCCAAUCAAAGGGAUCCAGAAGAGGCGAGUCCUGUCCUGGAGCAGUUCAUAGCAAGGAAAGCUGAUCUUCUGUUUGCAGCGUCGUGGAAGACCUCUACACCAGCAGAUGAACGGCAGGAGGAACCUGGAGGUGAACGGCCUCAUUCAUUUCUA